AUGUCCACAAGAAGCUCAGCAAUAUCAGACUCAGAUGCUGCUCUUUUAGAGUGCAUCCGCCAGCAUCUUCUCAACGAUGACAAGCUCGAAACCCUACCGAAAAUUGCACAAGAUGUUCAAUUCCAUUGCCCAGAUUCAAGUUUCGACAUAGUUCUCUCGCCGGCGACAACAUUUUGGUUGGAAGCGAGUGAUUACGACGUGGACGUCCGUCAGAACCCCCCGAAGGACACUGUAGGGUUGGAAUCGCCCAGCUCGUCGAAUGAGCGAUCGGUCGUGGGUUACGGACACGUCGAAGUGAAUGAGGCCGUGCCUGGAGGGUGUCACUACCGGGGAGUGAGGAGGCGGCCGUGGGGGAAGUAUGCAGCAGAGAUCCGGGAUUCGAAGAAGAAUGGUGCGAGGAGGUGGCUCGGGACUUACGAGACGCCGCAGGAGGCCGCAUUGGCUUAUGACCGGGCUGCGUUCUCGAUGCGGGGGGCCCAGGCCCGGCUGAAUUUCCCGCACUUGAUCGGUUGCGCCGAGGUGGAGCCGGUGAGGGUGACUCGGAAGCGCUCACCUGAGGCCGAGAGCAGUUCGCGGGAUCCGAAUUGGAGAAAGGAGGAUUUGAUCGGCUCGGCCCGCGACCCCGUCGAGCUUUUUGGCUAUGUCCUGUAG